AUGGGGGUUCGCGGACUUACAAGUUAUAUCAACUCAAUCGGAACGCUUUGGACACAGAUCGAUCUUAAAAAUACAAAACUUAUCAUCGAUGGAUCUUGUCUGUGCCAUUAUCUUUACUAUAGCAAUGGCUUAGACUGCCGAUGUGGUGGUCAGUACCAAGAAUAUUAUGAUGCUGUAGUUUCGUUUUUCGAUGCUCUGGUUUCGAACGGCGUGGAGGCCUAUGUUGUAUUCGAUGGAGCACAUGAUCCAAGCGACAAGAAAUUAGAGACACGUAUAGCACGAACCAACGAGAGGGUUAGAAAAUCAAAUGCUCUGUCGAUGUCCGCUGAUGAUUUUUUACUUCCGCUUUUGGCAAGGCACGUGUUCGUGGACGCACUCAGGAAUCGCGGCGUAAAGUUCGUUUUCAGUGACUGGUAGGAGUGGUUUAUUUGUAAUAAUGUGCAUUCAAAAUGAUAUGAAGAGAAGUAGCCCGUAUAGCGUCUCUUAAUGACUCCACCAUAGAGGCUUUUGAUCAUAUCGAAACAACAGCAAAAUAUAACCUUCGACUGGACAAAACACGGUCAUUGUUAUGAAGGAAACUACAGUAACAAUUUUGUAGAAACUUAAUUGGGCUGCACGAUUUUUCAAGUCACAUAACAAGUUAAAUAUACUGUUACGUUAGGAGACUAAAGCCCCCUAUGUAGGCCUUUUUCUUAUUUUUGGAUGAGAUUUCUUUUCAAAUGAAAAAUCACGGACAUGUGGAAGGGACGCUAGAAGAGGCUUGGUAGAUAUUACUUCUCCAGCUCUUGGCUCGCCCUAAAAGAUAUACAUCUAACCUCACUUCCUUUUUUUUCACAACAGCGAAGCCGACACAGAAAUUGCCUCGUUGGCUUAUGGGUGGAAUUGUCCAGUUCUUAGCAAUGACAGUGACUUCUUUAUCUUUGAUAUCAAAGCUGGGUACAUUCCUUUUGAAUUCUUGGAAUGGAAUUCCAGUUCUUUGACAGCGAGUGUUUUCUAUCGGCAAAAACUGGCGUCGCACCACCGAAUUCGUGCAGAAUUAAUUCCCUUAUGGGCUUCGUUGGCAGGAAAUGACUACGUGAGUCGUGAUUUAUCAUCUACGUUUAAUCGUGCGUUGAAUGGUUUUCAGACUUUCAACCAUAUUAGAUUUGAAAGCAUUGCGAACAUGCUAUCCAAACUUCGCGACUCAAACGAGGAAGAGGCUUUGAAAUGUGCCUUGAAAAUGAUGAAGUCAGCUGAAAACAGAGAAAAACUUAGACAAGCUGUUGAACUUUCUCUCCAGGAAUACACACUUUCAGAGUCGAAUCUAUCGGGCUAUUUCCAAGACGACAUAGUCUCUAGCUCCCUUAGAACGCAGAGUAAUCGCGAGAUCAAUCAGUGGGUCUUGCGCAGGUUCCGAAAUGGAAAGUUUUCCUCCAAAUGCAUCAGCAGUUUGACAUCGGGGAAACUGUUCCUGGAAAUUCCCGUUGAAAAUUGUAGAGAAAUAUCGGCGAACUGUUGCUCUAAGCGGCUAAGGAGAUGCGUGUAUGGAAUUUUGAACGAUGCUGAAACAAAAGCAGAAGGAAAUAUAAAGGUGAUCCAAGAAUGGGACAGAGAGGGCUUAAGUGUCCAACAAUCAAUUGUAAAACCCUACCAAGAAGGCGUGUUCCCUUCUUUGAGCCUAAUCCCGUACCUCGAUCUCGGAGAGCGUGUAAAUUUUUUGUUGUUUGCACUCGAUUCGGAUACCACAGCUGUCAGGUUCUUAGGAAAAAGUUUUAUUUUGAUUGCCGCAUCACUUCGUUACCUCAUAAAAUACGCGCAUCCACCCUUGGAGACAAACCAUCUGAUCGCUUUACUGUGUUGUUGUGUCAACUUGGAGAAUGGCGAGUUGUACAAUGGUGAAGAAGCCACUGUAAGCCCUUACCGCUCCUUAUGGCCGUUUGACAUACGAGCGGUGCAAAGCUUUGCUCAGUGGCAGUGUGUUCUAAGAGAUGCAAUUCAUCUAAACUUUAAUUUGCUUGAGCCUGUACCUGUACCAUGUAUUCAUAAGACGUUCAAUGGAAAAAUGGCACAAAAACUGCUUGAAAGUUUGCAACAAGGUAAGUCUGAAAAUCAACCAAUACUUAAUAGAGGUUAG